CAGAAAAUACGUGACGGGGUGAAAAAACUCAUUACCCAGAAUGCAACGGAUACCAGCUCUAUUCUGAUCAAGGAUUUUGAUUGGUCUGCAAUGCUCUGUCGUCAGCGUCAACAACUUAAACACACAUAAGCCAGUUUUUGUAUGAUUAUAACUGUGCAAAUGGCGACACAGCAAGCCAGGCUUGUGAAAACUAUGUUGUAGACUUGUACGCCUCUUCUUUCAUUGACUAUGUCCCGCUCCAGGAUUUGAACGUAACGACGGGUUCUGUGCUUCAGUAUGAAUUUCUCAGAGGUCUUCAAGCAAUCCAACCAACUUUGCAAAGUUUCACCGGAUGGGAAAUUUUUAGCUACCUGUGUGCAGUACAGGCUGGUGGUACGGGAUGCGAAUACGCUGCAGAUUCUGCAGCUCUACACCUGUCUAGACCAGAUAUCUCACAUAGAAUGGUCGUCUGACUCUCAGUUCAUCCUGUGUGCGAUGUACAAGAGGGGAAUAGUACAGGUAUGGUCGCUGGAACAGCCCGACUGGCACUGCAAGAUUGACGAAGGCUCAAUUGGAUUGUUGGCUUCGCGCUGGAGUCCCGACGGACGUCAUAUUCUGAACACCACUGAGUUCCAUCUGAGAAUCACUGUGUGGUCUCUGUGCACCAAAGCUGUGUCCUACAUCAAGUAUCCCAAAGCUUGUCACAAGAGCAUUGAUUUCAGCAGAGAUGGCUGCUACAUGGCCUUGGCAGAACGGCGUGACUGCAAAGACUAUGUCUGUAUAUUUGUGUGUGAUGACUGGCACUUACUAAGGCAUUUUGAGACGGAGACACAAGACCUUGCAGGGCUGGAGUGGUCUCCAAAUGGCUGUGUUCUGGCUGUGUGGGACAGCUGUCUGGAGUACAAGGUGUUGCUGUAUUCUCUGGAUGGCCGCUUGUUGUCAACCUACAGCGCCUACGAGUGGUCACUGGGUGUCAAGUCUGUGGCCUGGAGCCCCAGCAGUCAGUUCCUGGCCAUUGGAAGCUAUGAUGAAAAAGUCCGCAUCCUUAACCACAUCACAUGGAAGAAGAUUUCACUUUUUGAACACCCCGCGACCAUCAACAACAGCAAAGUUGUUGUGUAUAAGGAAGUGAAGAAAAGGUCAUCAGCUGUUGGCAGUGAAGAUCUGUCUCGACACAGCAUAACAAUGGACUCAAAUCGUUUCAACACUGAGAGCAAAUAUGAGAUCCAUCCGCCACCAAUUCAAAUACCUGUGGUCAGACCGGACGCAGACAGAGCCAACCCCAAGAUCGGCGUCUCUUCGCUGGCCUUCAGUUCAGACAGCCGUUACUUAGCCACCAAAAAUGAUAACAUGUCCAGUGUUGUCUGGCUGUGGGACAUGCAGAAGUUGAGCCUUGAGGCUGUGCUGGAGCAGACAUCAGCUGUGCGUUGCUUCCAGUGGCACCCAAAACGCUCACAGCUGGCCUUAUGCACUGGCAACUCCAAAGUUUAUCUGUGGACUCCAGCAGGCUGCGUUUCGGUUAACGUCCCUGAUGAAGGUGGUUUCCAAGUCCAGUCCCUGACAUGGCACUGUGAUGGAGAUUCUCUCAUCCUGCUUGGGAAGGAGCAGCUGUGUUUGUGCUACAUGGACACAGGACCCGAGGACAAGUGAUGUCAGCAGACACAUGAUUUCAACAUAUUGACACAUGAACUGCAGACUGGUGGGAAGACUCAUUGAGAAAAAGAAGAUCCAGCACUCAGCGUCCACCCAUACAAAUUAUUUAAAGUAAAUCAUGCUACACGUUUGACUUCUGGGACUGCUAAGACUGAUCUUUCGCUUGCCUUUUAAUUCGAAGCAUUUGGAAUUUUGCCAUGGAAUUUUGUAUACUAUUUCAAAUAAA